AUGCGAUUGCCUCCAACAUUUCUACAACGCGAGGACUGGGAUACACCUAUUAAUCGGAGCGUGCAGACCUGGAAUUAUGUGUGCCAGUCAUUAUGCAUCUUUUGGAUGUCCGCCUUCUUUGGUAUCCGCCUAUAUACCCGGCUUUUCAUUGUCCGUGGUUUUGGGAAGGAGGAUUGGACAUGCUCUAUAGCAUGGUUCCUUGGUGUCUGCUACUCUGUUAUUGCUAUCAUCAUGGGACGUUACGGAGGAGGUUUGCAUUACUUCGACGUCCCCGUUGAAUACCACGUUCCGUUUGGAAAGACUGUCUACGUGACAAUGGUCAUGUAUGGACCGACCGCAUAUGUGACUAAGGUGUGUCUAUUAUGGGUUAUGACUCGCGUCUUCAGUCCGGUCCGUAAUGUUGUCAUCUUUAUCUAUAUCUUUAUAGGCAUUAUGCUUGCCUAUUACAUCCCAGUUCUCGUCGUGAAGAUCAGGAUCUGCAGUCCGAUUGCUAGAUUCUGGGACACAAAUAUUGAUGGCACAUGUCUUGAUCAGAAAUCGAUUAUUCUAGCCGACGCCGUCAUCAGUGUGGCAAGCGACUUUGCCAUUCUUAUUCUACCGGUACUAUUAACUAUAAACUUACAAAUGUCAACCAAGAAAAAGAUCAGGGUCGCGGUUGUCCUUGGUGCAGGUGGAUUUGCUGUUUUGGCUAGCAUCAUCCGCCUCGUGCUUAUUGUCGUUACCGGACAGUCAAAGGAUAUUACUAUUGCUUUCAUGAGGAUCAAUAUGCUCGGAAAUGCCGAAGUCUCCAUCGGAGUUAUCUGCACAUGUUUACCUGCCCUUUUGACCUUCGUCAGACACAUCGACCACGAAUACCGGAGCAGCAGAACAACCCGCACUUCUGAACAUAGGAUGGUCGAAACACGGAAUGCAGAGCCAGCCGAAGACACCUGGAUGUAUAUCGCACAGGAGAACUCAACGAUCCGAACAACUAUCCAGGGGGACAUCAAUGCUCCGGAAGUCUCGGGCGAUUUGCCAGCCGACAGCACAAGUAUUACAAGAACAGUUGAUAUUUUAACGCAUGUGCAGUCGGAAUAA